CAAUGCUGCUAAACAAACAAACAAACAAACAAAAAAACAGAAUGGGAAAAACAGAAGCGUCAACGAAGAAAGGAGAAGCAUCGUCAAUGGUAGACGAUGAAUUGCCUCAGGAGUUUCUGGAACAUCUAACCUUGCGCGGCCUACGAUUGGAUCGCAUUGAACCUGGUCGUGUCGUCUUCUCAAUGAACAUACCUCCACGUUUACUCAAUUCAAGUAAAUACUUGCACGGUGGUGCUAUAACUACUCUGGUGGAUAUAGUAGGCGCAGCCGCAAUUCCCGCAGCUGGAUUUCCGUGGAAUUCUGGAGUUUCCAUUGAGAUUAAUAUCUCAUGCUUUGAUGCUACUUAUGUCAAUGAAGAGAUUGAGAUUGAUGCUAGAGUUUUACGAAUAGGAAAGGCUGUAGCUGUUGUAAGCGUGGAGUUCAAGAAGAAAAAGACUGGACAAGUUUUUGCUCAAGGGCGUCAUACCAAAUAUAUUCCCUUUGUAAGUAAAAUGUGAAACCGAGACCAAAGGACACUAGAAGAUGUAUGCACUUUCUGCGGUAGAAAACUCUCUAUUCUACCAUGAUUCAAAUAAAAAAUUCCAUUUAACAUUCAUUAUUUCUCA